AUGUAUUACCAAUACUACGAUCCUCCACCAUCACCAGAGCCACUAGAGUCAGGCGUCUUCACCUACGGCAAAGAUGGCAUCAAAGCAGGAGGUUUUACCCGAGCCCACAGCGCAGUUACAUCUCUACGGAAUCCCUUUUCAGUGAUUGCUAUCGAAAGGUCCCUGGCUGAGCAAUACCGCAACCUGGAAAGAGCUCGUGAGGAACGCAUCAGCCGUGAAUACGCGGCGAAAUUUGCAACGCUGGGGACUCCUUCUCUCGAGGCUCGCUUUGAUCCUCGAUUUUUUCAUUGCCAAACGUUGAUGGAUCGGAUUUCUCGAAAGGCCGUGCAGGCAGUACCCGGUCUGGUUGCGCAUAUCAUCAGGCGACUGACUCUAGUUGGAUGGGAAGACAGCUUCGAGCAUGGACUCGACGCUGCCUUUGCGGCUCGCUCUGCACCUGGAGCUCGGUUUCACAUCCCCACAUCCGAGGCUAAUUUCGACCUUGACCGUUUCAUGGCAAAAUACACGAUCCUUGGCUGGGACAUCGCCAAAGUCAUAGCCAUCAAGAAAGGACACGAAGAUGAAAGGGAGCGAAAAAAGGCUGAAGAAGAAGCCGAAAAGCGCGCACAAAGGCAAAAAUGCUGGCACGAAGCGUUACAGCCCCAUCGGGAUUAUAUGAGAAACUAUCACCCUCCCGCCGGUCCGCUGGCGCUGGACGAUAUCGUGGGAUCGUAUACCAUUCUUUGCGAAGCGAUAGAUGAACACCUGGGUAAUUAUCAUGACGAGCUGACGCUCGAGAUCCAGAAACCAGCCAGCGCAAAUGGAGUAGUGGCCGCGUUCAAUCUGGAUCUCGUUGAAGGGACCAUGCUGCUAGCAUUGUCCGAUGAUGCACUGCACCGUCUCCGUGAAGAACAGCCUCCCGAGUUGACCUAUUAUGAAAAGGAAGACGAAGACAGAUCCGACAGCUAUGAGUCGAACUCCAAUAAGCGCAAAGGAAGCGAAUUAUCAGGAGGACAAGCAAUCAGACGUUGGGUGGGUGAGAUCCCCAACCCGAAUCGUGUGUACCUCCAGUGGGGCGGCCGAGUGGUCCUCGCAGAAAUCGAGGUAGACGAGGGUAACGAACACACCGGAUACCUCGACUUUGAUGCUUCAAGGGCGACCGCUCGCGGAGAAUGGGCCUAUCCGGCAUUGUGGGGUAAAGAAAGAAAGAUUGCUUUCUCGAUUAUAAACGUGGAGAUCAACCUCGGAAAACUCCCAGAAAUUGGAAUUACUGGACCCAGAAGUGGUACGACAUAG